AUAUAUAGUUUGUGUCGCAUAUGUCAUAGAAUUUCAAUGCUGGCAGUGAAUAUCGGAACGCAGCCUAUAUUAAAGAGAACCCUGAGAGCGGCCAUGCUACAAUUUCGGUUCAGGUGCUUGGCGUCAUCUAGCGGUGUCUCAUGUCAAUUACAAUAGGAUGUACAAAAGAGAAAAUUACCAAUCGCGAUAAUUUGCGACUUACGAAGCACACGUGUGACGUUGAACAAGCGAGCUUACGUUCGCUCGCGUGGGGCGGCGCGAUUUUGAGGUUAUGUUACACCGCGAAUAAUCCCAUUUUUCGAUCGGAAUAAUCUUAAAUUUCCGCAUACGGACGAUUACGCGCAAUAUCAUUAACGAGGAAGGACACGACAAUGUCGGAGUCGUUGGAUGUGCAAGCGCUGAAAGAGCAUGUUCGAGCGAACAGCAAGAGUGGUAUCGUUACCUGCCUCUCCCAGCUCAGGAACGAGCCAUUGCGUUGUAAAAAUUUCACCAAGCACGGUGGCCUUAGCAUCCUUGUGAAUUUAUUGCGGAGCCCAAACAGCACCAUACUCAACAUGUGCCUAAGCAUUCUGGCAAACGCCUGUAUAUCCUCGGAUGCCAGGGACAAGGUACGAGAUAGCAAUAUAGGAGACAAUGUGAUACAUAUCAUGAAAAAUCACACAUUGGAUUCCACAGUACACUGCCGUGUUUGCAGACUUGUUGGUAACUUGUCAGAGUGUAGCUGGCAUGCAAAAUUGUUGUAUAACAGCGGAGUAGUAGAACCAUUAACAAUGUUUUUAAAGUUAAAAACAAAUAGGCAAACUUAUUUAAUGGCUAUCAGAGCUAUAAGAAACAUUUGGAGUAUUUAUGAAGGUAGCAGGGAGCAGAUUUUACAAUUACAGGCAGUCAGACUGAUUGCCCAGUUAUUUGUCAUGGCCAAAGAAAAAGCAAAUGUGGACACUAAGUAUGCAGAGCUUGUAGACGUAUGUCUCAAAGCCAUGUGCACGUUCCUCGUCACACAAGACGAGAUCGCUGACCUUGUGCGUUGCAGCGCGCAAAUGGAGGCGGACAAAGACAAACAGGGUUACAAGACUCUCAUACGGUGCUGCAGAAAUGGCAAUAACCUGGCCAUUAAGUGCCUUUGUAGUCUUUGCUUGUUAACGGGCUGUCGGUUAGUGUUAGGUACUUUAGGUGCCGCGGAACUGCUUAUAACUCUCACUAGAAAUGGCAGCACGGAUGGUGAACUAUCCAGGCAAGUACUGGUUACCCUAUGCCUGUUCUGCCAAGAAUCCGUGCACCGUUUGAAAAUGAAGGCUGCUGGCGGGUUGGAGGUGUUCGUGAUGCUGCUGAAGCAACCCGAGCUCGAAAAGUAUCACCCCAUGCUCCUGGACGCCCUCUUGCAGUUCGCAUAUUGUGACAACAGCAUCGUCACAUUGGCGAAACACGGCCUGCUAGAGGUCUUGAUGACGAAACUGUCGGAUUCAGUCGCCGAUACUACGGUUGCUGACGAAGCAAGCGAUUUGAGCCCUAUUAAUAAUAGCAACAUGUCGAACAAACGCUGUUACGGCUCCACACCUUGUCGGAAGUACAGUCGGAUCAGCGAGGGCAGGUAUAGCAGGUACUAUACCUUGCACCGUUUCGAUGGUGACUCAAGUCCAGGAAGCUCCACUAGCGUUUCCUCGUCGCCACCUAGCACACCGCCGUUACUCUAUUAUGAUUCCAUGAUGGAGACUGAUAUCGGGGAUGAUAAUUAUAGCCCGGUUUACAGCGAUACAGAAUGGGGCGACGACGAAGAGCCGCAGGACGAAGAAGCGGAUUCCCUGAAGAGUUGCAAGUCCCUGACCGUCAACGCGGACAACUCACGCGACUCUGAGAAGUCUAGCAAAGGGGUCCUCUGCGAUUCCACGGUGUUGAUGCUGUUGUAUAGAAUGAGUUUGCUUCCCCAACCCAUUGAUAGACUGGCCGAGCCCAUGACCAUCAAGUCCCUGUUAAUUUACAUAAACCGUACGAAAAAUGAGAAAGCCAUCACGAUACUAAACACGAUCGUGCGGAACGCGACGUACUUCAUACCGCUGCUGAAGCAGGGUUUCGUGUUCGACACGCAUGGCAUGCCAGAACGGGAAGAGUACUUGCAGCACUUGCGCGAAGUGGCAGAGACCGGCGGUGCCAUCGGUCAGUUGUCAUCGGUGCUGCUGCGCGGCGAAGAACGGCACAAGUUGAUCUUCGCGGUUUCGAUACCGUUCCUCAUCGUGCAAUCGCGUGUCACUCUUAGGUCGCUGUUGCACAACCACGGUGGACUGCAGAUGAUACUCCGUUUGUUGAGCGAGCCGAUGCACGAGCUGCAUGAACGAGCGGUCUGGUCGAUCUGCCGGCUGGCGGUGUCGCUGCGGGUGCGCCCGGAAACGGUGGAGAAGUGCCCGAUAACCGCGAGCGGUCUGUUUCGCGACUAUUCUCUCGAGAACAGCAACCCGCAGCCGCUGCCGAUCGUGACGUUCGAGCUGGACGACGGUACAUCCGUGGACGCCUGCAGACGUGUUCUUUGCCAACGCUCAGACGCCUUCUCCGCGAUGCUGGAGGGCAACUUUAGCGAGUCUGGCAAACGACGAGUCAGACUGAGGAACGCCUCGCGGGACGGGCUUAAUACCCUGAUACUCGCGGCGACCGGAGCCGCGUACAAGCAUUGCAGCAUCGAAUCGAUGUUAGAUGCGGUGCUGUUAGCUGAUAAAUUCCUCAUGCCAGACCUGUCGGACGCUCUCACCGACAGCUCGGUCUCCGAGCUCAGUUAUGAGAACUUUAGUCGCGCCUGGUGCUGGGCCAGGACCAAUGCCUGCCCUGAGCUCCGUUCCUGCUGUGUGAAAACUUUCCUCACCGCGGACAUGACGAACGGUCAAGCCAUACAAGCGUUCUGCGACUUCUCCGUGAUGGACGCCUUCGAGGAAUUUCUAUGCGACAUCCGGGAAAUUAUUAUGGACGUGUUGUGCCAACCUUAGAUCCCGGUGAAUCCGGAAUACAUAUGUGCAAUCGUGUGACGCGCGACCGACGCGCGUCCGGCGGUCAUUCGAUUUGUAGAAUAGAUUUGUUUAUCGCUUAUAAUACAUGUAACGUAAUCGUUCGGGAUGAUCGGCCAAAAGUCACUGGGUGCGCUCGGAAAGCACAGCGGUUGUGCAAUCAUUGAGUGAUCGUUGCCUCUGAUUGUGAGAUGUACUUUUAGGUUUGUGAUAAGAUCUAGGAGAACUUUCCGAUGACAGUGAGCGUCCGCUCGACCGUUGUGCUUUCUAAACGCAGCCGUGGGAAUUAAAGUUUUUAAUAGGAAAAGGUCGUCUCUCUUAAGAUUAACAUUCUUUUGACCUCUGAUUUGACAAUGCUUAUUUUACUCGGGGAGAAACCCCAAGAACCCAAGAAAUUGUACAUUAGACUAUUUAAUAUCUAUUUAAGGCUUUUUACUAAUAUUUAUUUAUAUAUAGAUGAAGUCUGUUGUAUCUCGUAAGAUGUGAACGUAUAAAAGGGAAGAAAAAGAAACGUGCACGAGCAUUUUCGGACACAACGUCAGGUUAAGAGUUUUACGAUCCUGUCUUGGUCUGAAUGUAUCUAAACAUUUGAAACGGUCUCUGGGGAGAAAAGACACGGACGAGUAAACUGAUCGUUACGGUUUACAGUUCAUUUGUCCAUUUUAAUGGACUUCUCAUUACCCGCGAAACCGUGCAAAUUGCCGAACGAUUAUGUGUAUUCACAACGAUAUUGUAUCUAUGUUAAUGCUGUAUAUACUACGUGAACUAUACUAAACACAUCAGAGAUGUAUUCCUAACGGCCGCAUACAUGUGCUUGAAGCAUUUGUAUAUAUGCACUGACGGAAAUAAAAAUUAUGAAAUUUUUAAAUCUUAACCCGCAGUAACGGUGGGGUUCCACUGUAUCUCACACGCGCGCGUACAUA